AUGACGACCCAGGUCCUGCUGCAAAAUACUGCUUUGAGGGAUUUUGCUCCUGGCAACUUCCAAUGUGAUAGACUAAAGACUGAUUGUCUAACCCGCCCAAAUAGUAACGGAUACUGCUACAUUUACCGACAAAAAUGUAACAAGGAUGAAGAUGUAGAAGCAAGACUCGAGAGUAGUCUGUACGGUGAUCUAUCUAAAAAUUGCCCACGAUGGAAGCGAAAAUGCUCGGAAAGGGGUCCGGCGGAUACUUCAUGUAUUCGAUUUUCGGAAAAAUGUGCUUGGCUCAACAUGACUACAGAGAGUGAUUACAAAUAUGACGGCUCAUCGUCAUCCGAAGAAAAAAGAUAUGAUCUACGAGAAAAACAGAAAAUGGAGAAAAUGUGCUCUAAAUGGGAACGUAAAUGUAUCGAGAAAUGGCCAAACCUCGAUCAUUAUUCGUGUCGUAUGCUCAAUAAGAAAUGUAGAACUCAUAAUCCAAUUAUACAACCCAUUACGGGGCUCAAACCGGAUUAUGCGUCGGAGGUGACAGAAUCCGUUGCAGUUCAGGAUCGCGAAAAACUCAUGGGCCAAUGUCAACGAUGGAAAAAGACAUGUGCACGAAAAUAUCCGCGACAUUCCUCAUGUCGACACCGGAGGUUCUCGGCCUUCCGUGCAGGAACCUCCUCGGCCCUCCGUGCAGGAGCCCCUACUCCCACGUGA